UCCAUACUCUGCGAGCUCAAACCCACUACAGGAAUUAACAGAAGGAUAUGGGCAAUGCACCCAUUUGCCAAGCUUGCGGCACAGGCAAGGGUGUAAGAGUGCAAGGGAAUGUGCAAGAUGCAGAUAAAAUUCCUGACUAUUACGGAUGCAGUAAUGGAGUGAAUAAAGAUCCUGAGGGGUUGUCGGACAGCAAUGCAAGCUUCCUUCGAGCUGCCAGAGCUGGCAAUCUGGACAAAGUAGUGGAAUAUCUAAAAGGAGGAAUAGACAUCAAUACAAGCAAUCAGAAUGGACUUAAUGCCUUACACUUGGCUGCCAAAGAAGGCCAUGUGGGUUUGGUUCAGGAAUUGCUGGAAAGAGGAUCUGCAGUUGAUUCUGCAACAAAGAAGGGAAAUACUGCGCUACAUAUUGCUUCCCUGGCAGGACAGGCUGAAGUGGUCAAGGUUCUAGUUAAAGAAGGAGCUAAUAUUAAUGCACAGUCUCAGGAUGGAUUCACUCCACUCGCAGUUGCAUUGCAGCAAGGACACAAUCAGGCAGUGGCUAUUCUUUUGGAGAAUGACACUAAGGGGAAAGUGCGACUGCCGGCACUGCAUAUUGCUGCCAGAAAAGAUGACACCAAAUCAGCAGCACUUCUUCUCCAGAAUGAUCAUAAUGCUGAUGUUCAGUCUAAGAGUGGUUUCACACCUUUGCAUAUAGCGGCACAUUAUGGAAAUGUUAAUGUAGCGACACUUCUACUCAACCGAGGAGCUGUUGUAGACUUCACAGCAAGGAAUGGAAUCACCCCACUGCAUGUGGCUUCCAAAAGGGGGAACACUAACAUGGUGAAGCUCUUGUUGGAUCGUGGAGGGCAGAUCGAUGCCAAAACCAGGGAUGGGCUGACUCCACUGCACUGUGCUGCACGAAGUGGACAUGACCAAGUUGUAGAGCUUCUCCUGGAACGAGGUGCCCCACUGCUUGCCAGAACCAAGAAUGGACUGUCUCCUCUUCAUAUGGCUGCUCAGGGUGACCAUGUGGAGUGUGUCAAACACCUACUGCAGCACAAGGCUCCUGUUGAUGAUGUUACACUGGAUUACCUGACUGCCCUCCAUGUUGCUGCACACUGUGGUCACUAUCGUGUCACCAAGCUUCUGCUGGAUAAGAGAGCAAAUCCAAAUGCCCGUGCUUUGAAUGGUUUUACUCCACUGCACAUUGCUUGCAAGAAAAAUCGCAUUAAAGUAAUGGAACUGCUGGUGAAAUAUGGGGCUUCAAUCCAAGCUAUAACAGAGUCGGGCCUGACGCCAAUUCAUGUGGCUGCAUUUAUGGGGCAUUUGAACAUAGUUCUCCUUCUACUGCAAAAUGGUGCUUCUCCAGAUGUCACUAACAUUCGUGGGGAGACUGCUUUACACAUGGCAGCUCGUGCAGGACAAGUAGAAGUGGUGCGCUGUCUCCUGAGGAAUGGUGCUUUGGUUGAUGCACGAGCCAGGGAGGAACAGACACCACUGCAUAUUGCUUCUCGCUUGGGUAAAACAGAAAUUGUGCAGCUACUUCUGCAACACAUGGCACACCCAGAUGCUGCAACAACCAAUGGAUAUACACCACUACACAUCUCUGCCCGAGAAGGCCAACUUGAUGUAGCAUCAGUUCUACUGGAGGCAGGUGCAGCACAUUCUUUGGCUACCAAGAAGGGAUUCACACCACUACAUGUGGCAGCAAAGUAUGGAAGUCUUGAUGUGGCAAAGCUCCUGUUGCAGCGUCGUGCACCUGUUGAUUCAGCUGGGAAGAAUGGUCUCACUCCCCUCCAUGUUGCUGCUCACUAUGACAAUCAGAAAGUGGCACUGCUAUUACUGGAGAAAGGGUCUUCUCCUCAUUCUACUGCCAAGAAUGGGUAUACUCCUCUACACAUUGCUGCUAAGAAGAAUCAGAUGCAGAUAGCCACAACUCUACUGAACUAUGGAGCAGAGACCAAUAUUUUGACCAAACAAGGAGUGACUCCACUUCACUUGGCCUCUCAAGAAGGUCAUGCUGAUAUGGUGAACUUACUUUUGGAGAAGGGAGCUAAUAUUCAUGUGGCCACAAAGAGCGGAUUGACAUCUCUACAUUUAGCAGCUCAAGAAGAUAAAGUAAAUGUAGCUGAUAUGCUGAUAAAGCAUGGAACAAACAAAGAUGCCCAGACUAAGCUGGGUUACACUCCACUAAUUGUGGCUUGUCACUAUGGAAACAUCAAGAUGGUGAACUUCCUUCUGAAGCAAGGAGCUAAUGUCAAUGCUAAGACAAAGAAUGGAUACACUCCUCUGCACCAAGCUGCUCAGCAAGGCCAUACUCACAUCAUCAAUGUUCUUCUUCAACAUGGGGCCAAACCAAAUGCAGUCACUGCGAAUGGCAAUACUGCCUUAGCGAUUGCUAAGCGUCUGGGAUACAUCUCAGUGGUAGAUACAUUAAAGGUGGUAACAGAGGAAGUAAUCACCACUACAACUACUGUCACAGAGAAGCACAAGCUCAAUGUACCUGAGACUAUGACUGAAAUUUUGGAUGUUUCUGAUGAGGAAGGUGAUGACACAAUGACAGGAGAUGGGGGAGAAUAUCUGAGACCUGAAGAUCUGAAGGAACUAGGUGAUGAUUCCUUACCUAGCAGUCAGUUCUUAGAUGGCAUGAACUACCUGAGAUACAGCCUGGAAGGAGGCCGCUCUGACAGUUCAGACAGGUCCCGUACACUGAGCCAUACCUCGUACUUGAGGGACAGCACUAUGAUUGAUGACACCGUCAUUAUCCCAAGUCACCAGAUAUCCGCAUUAACUAAAGAAGGUGAGAGAAAUUCAUAUCGUUUAAGUUGGAGUCCCGAUAAUCUGGACAACAUAACGCUUUCUGCUAGCCCUAUUCAUUCUGGUUUUCUGGUCAGUUUUAUGGUUGAUGCUCGAGGUGGUGCUAUGCGGGGUUGCAGACACAAUGGGCUUCGAAUCAUUAUUCCACCUCGGAAAUGCACUGCUCCAACUCGAGUUACUUGCCGGUUGGUCAAACGCCAUAGACUCGCCACAAUGCCUCCAAUGGUGGAAGGAGAUGGUCUUGCCAGUCGCCUUAUUGAAGUUGGGCCUUCUGGUGCUCAAUUUCUUGGGCCUGUGAUUGUUGAAAUCCCUCACUUUGCGGCAUUACGUGGUAAAGAAAGAGAGCUGGUGAUUUUGCGUAGUGAGAAUGGGGACAACUGGAAAGAACAUUUCUGUGAAUUUACAGAAGAUGAGUUAAAUGAAAUACUAAAUGGAAUGGAUGAAGUGCUUGACACCCCAGAAGAGCUGGAGAAGAAGCGUAUUUGCCGUAUUAUCACCCGAGAUUUCCCACAGUACUUUGCAGUGGUGUCCCGGAUUAAACAAGACAGUAACCUCAUUGGACCUGAGGGUGGUGUACUAAGCAGUACUGUAGUACCACAAGUGCAAGCAGUCUUUCCAGAGGGAGCAUUAACUAAGAGAAUUCGUGUUGGUCUUCAGGCCCAACCUAUGCACAGUGAACUUAUAAAGAAAAUUUUAGGCAAUAAAGCCACAUUCAGCCCUAUUGUCACAUUGGAACCUAGGCGAAGAAAAUUCCAUAAGCCAAUAACUAUGACCAUUCCUGUUCCGAAAGCUUCCAGUGAUAUGAUGAUAAAUGGUUAUGGAGGUGAGACUCCUACUCUAAGACUACUAUGCAGCAUAACAGGUGGAACAACACCUGCUCAGUGGGAAGACAUAACAGGAACAACACCAUUAACAUAUGUAAAUGAAUGUGUUUCCUUCACCACAAACGUGUCUGCCAGAUUUUGGUUAAUAGAUUGUCGACAGAUACAAGAAUCUGUAGCAUUUGCUUCCCAAGUAUAUAGAGAAAUUAUAUGUGUACCUUACAUGGCCAAAUUUGUAGUGUUUGCCAAAUCUCAAGAUCCCAUAGAAGCCCGACUAAGAUGUUUCUGCAUGACUGAUGAUAAAGUGGAUAAAACACUAGAGCAACAAGAAAACUUUGCUGAAGUUGCUCGAAGCAGGGAUGUAGAGGUAUUAGAAGGAAAACCUAUAUUUGUGGACUGCUUUGGGAAUUUAGUACCAUUAACAAAGAGUGGCCAACAUCACAUAUUCAGUUUUUAUGCCUUCAAAGAAAACAGACUUCCAUUGUUUGUCAAGGUUCGGGAUACAACACAAGAACCUUGUGGACGUCUAUCAUUUAUGAAAGAGCCUAAAUCUUCAAGAGGUCUGGUACAUCAAGCUAUCUGCAAUCUGAAUAUCACAUUACCAGUAUACACAAAGGAAUCAGAAUCAGAUCAAGAACAGGAAGAAGAGACUGACAUGACAUCAGAAAAACAACAACAAGGUGAUCAGGAAAGAAUAGAAGAAAGACUAGCACAUAUUGCUGAUCAUCUUGGAUUCAGCUGGACAGAGCUAGCAAGAGAACUGGAUUUCACUGAAGAACAAAUUCAUCAAAUUCGAAUUGAGAAUCCUAAUUCCCUUCAGGAUCAGAGUCACGCUUUACUGAAAUAUUGGCUGGAAAGAGAUGAAAAACAUGCCACUGAUUCAGGUCUCACAGAGUGUCUUAAAAAAAUUAAUCGAAUGGAUAUUGUUCAUCUAAUGGAAAGUAGCAUGGAAAUGUCCCGAGAUCAUGGCCGCACCUAUGCAGAAAUUGAACAGACGAUGGUACUGGAUCACAGUGAAGGAUUCUCUGCACUUCAUGAAGAUCUAUGCAGCACAAAAGAUAAAAAAGAGGAAGAAUAUUCCUUUUCUAAAGACAGUGAGCCAUCAGAUCAUCCUCCCCUUGUUUCAGAAGAAGACCUUUCUCUCAGUUGUUCACCCUUGCAUGAAGGCACAUCUAAGGCUGAGGCAGAAGUAUCUGUGGUAGAACUACUACACCAAAUACAGAAAGAUCAUGUGAAAGCUGAAUUCUCAGGGAAGCCUCAUGAACUGACAGAAGAUUCACCUACUAUACAGGAAUAUGUUAUCACAACUUCUGGAGCAGAUUUGACACAAGUGCCCCAAAGUGUGAAAACAGCCAGCAUUACCAGUGACAAGUCUGGGGAUUCCACCCCAGGAUGUGAAGACCUUGAAAGGCCACCAUUUCAUACUUCAGCAUCUAGUGAUCGAACUGAUUCCCCCAUUGUGGAAGAACCUGAAGACCAUCACUUUCGGCAAGAAGAUACACAUCCAAGGAAAAACAGCCUGGUAAUUGUUGAAACCACUGAUGAACAGCCUGAAGAAUUAGAAAGACAUGAAGAAGAAUUGUUAGAAAAAGAGCUAGCAGAGGAAUUAGGUGAGCUGGAGGUCAGCUCAGAUGAGGAAGAGAUGGUAACUACCAGGGUCGUUCGCCGCCGGGUAAUUAUUCAGGCUGAUGAUGUGCCUGAAAUACCACCGGAAGCUGUAACGGAGGAACAGUACGUGGAUGAACAUGGCCAUAUUGUGGUGAAAAAGGUCACUAGGAAAAUCAUCAGGCGAUUCGUUUUACCAGAUGGCACAGAAAAAGAAGAAGUGGUGAUGCAGGGAGAGCCCCAAGAGCCUGUCACAGUGGAAGAGGGAGACAGUUACUCCAAAGUCAUAAAGCGGGUGGUGUUGAAGAGUGAAAGUGAACAAUCAGAGGUGACCUUUUCUGAGCCAAGUGUAUUACCAAGUGCCUCAGAAUUCCAGGCUGAACCAGUAAAAGGCCGCAAGGUCAGCAAAGUUAUAAAAACUACCUUAGUGCAUGGGGAGAGAAUGGAAAAACAUCAUGGAGAUUCUAGUUUAGCAGUGAAUCUUCCAUCAGCCAAAGAUGACUUCGAAGAGGCCCUGAAUUACAUAGGUAACAAAAUGAAAAUUGAAGUCCCCCCAUUAGUAGAGAAAGAGGUCAUGAAAGAGGAUGGGUCGCUUAUUAAAAGGACAACAAUGAGUAAAGCUAGUACACAGAAGAGGACUGUGGUUAAGGAUCAAUAUGGAAACCGGAUUCAUGUGGAGCUGCUGGAGGACACACCAGAAGCAUUACCCCAGGAUGACCUUCAGCAUGACCUUCAGCAAUUAUUAAGGCAUUUCUGCAAAGAUGAGCAGAAGAAAGAGGCCAAAUGAGAUGCUGCUAAAUCUCACCCAUAGACCACCACGCAUAUCCAUUAACUGUCCAGCUUUAUCCAACUUUCUUUUAUCAUAGGUAUUAUUAUUUAACAUAAUCAUCAGGGAACACUGCUGUUUCUACUUUGAGCAUAUAGGGCAGGUUUUCCAUUUCAUUUUCUUUGUUUCUAAAUAUCUGUAAACUAAUUUGUGACCAAAGAUCACAUCCUUCAUUCUGGAUGGUUUUAUCUACUAAGUCAUAGACUUUGUGCUCUCCUGACUGUCUGUCAACCUUGGCAUUUUUAUUGUUCUUUGUUUUUGCACCAGAUCCAUAGACACAUAAGUUUCUUCCACAGGCCUCUUGAAAUGACAGUGUACAUGUGUUUUUUUAAGAUUAUUAACUUUAAACUGUAAAUAGAGAAAAUAUGUGGAUUCACAAGACGGAAAGAAAGAAGCACUGCCUAUUGCAAAUACUUUUAGCAUCAGGACUAUAAGGUUCGUUGAAGAAUAAUUCAUGUAAUAUUCCUAACACAAUCCAUUACAGCUUAGGACAUGGCUCUAUAAAGAUCGAAGCAAAUCAAUCCUCCUGUGUUCAUAGCACUUCCAGUGUAAUAAAUUACUUGACUACAAAGGGUCAGAACAAAGCCUCAAAUUUCAGCUGUUUCCCUUACAAGACAGUUGAUUGCAGCCAUUACUGCUUCUUUGCUUCCUGGGAAAGCCACUUCAAGAUUUCCUGAAGAAAAAUAUACCCAGUUAGAUAUAACGUGCUAGCACCUGUAUCUGUGGCACUUUUGCAUACUGUAUUUAAACCUUUUAGAUCAGGGACAUGAAAUGGGUGCAUUCAAUAAUUCUGAUUUCUAUACUGUUUUGAUCACUCAUUUAACAAACCACACUGUCUUAGAAGUGGUUGUUUAUGCUGUCCACUACACUAUAGACAUUUUGAAGGAGGAAAAGAAACCUUUACUUUUCAGAAAAAUUGAUUUAUCACAUUCUGUCAAGAUUGUCUCUUAAUCUGGAACAUGCAUGUGGCAUUGAAGUAUAAAAACAUGACCUUUCUAUAAUCAUGCCAAUUGCUUCUCAUCCUUCCUAGCACUGAGCAAACAGACAUUACCAUCGUGUUUGAGGUUUUUCUCUGGAGUUUUAGUUAUAAGGAGACAGGAAUCCACCAAGCAUUUGUUUAGUUUUUUUUCUUGCUAUUUUAUUUAUAGUCCUUAACCACUUUUCAAGCAUUAUUCAUGUAAAUGUCUGCACUUUGAUUUUCCAAGAAGGCAUAUAUGACCCUGGAAUUAUUUUGUGGUCUGUACCUAAUUCUAAUAGUGGUCUGAAGCUCUGUAGCAUUUUAACAUAUAUAUGUAAUUAGAUAUAUAUAUACAUAUAAUAUAUAUAUAUAUAUAUAUUAUAUGAAAUGAUAUACAUUUUGAGUCAGUUAUUUGAUAAACACAAAGCAUAUUCAGCAAUGAUGAGUCAGGACCUCUAGGGCUGAAUAUUUUUCAAAACCCUGCUAGCCUUUGUUUCUUUAAACAAAACAACCCCACUCAGUGCUCAGAAUAUUGAAAAUAAAUGUUACAAAUGGCACCUCCUCAUUAAGCAACAAUGCCAAGAGAAAAGAAACAUUUAAGGAGGUUUUGGUUUCCUGGUUUAAAAAAAAAAACCUACUCAGUGCCAUACAAAUUUGUUUUGUUGGCAAAGCAGGACACAAGCACUUAAUGACUGCCAAAAUGAAAGGAGACCUUAUUGCAGGACACACAAUAGCUCAUUUCUCAUUGUUAAGAACAUCACUGUUUAACCUUCAAGACUGGGGCUCUACACGAAAUGCA